AUGGGCAGCUUCCCGAGUCCGAAGUUCCCCGCCGGCCCUCCGAGUAUUAUCUCGUCGCGCAUGACAGACAUUGCUUCCGAGGAUGGCGAUGCUGGUACCCAAGAUCAGGCCAGAACAAACCCCAGCCAGAGAAGAAGCUACCGCAACGACUCGCGUCCCGGUACUGCAAGGACUGGCAUAUCAUCUUCCCGUGGUGCAUGGUCACAAACAACACCGAUGAGGAAGACUUUUCAGAAAAGUGUUAGCGGCAGCAUUAACAAUGGUCGCCCAACUAGCUCGACUAGCCGAAGCCAUGUCCCCUUAGCUUCCCAUGCCUUUUUUCGACCCAUGAGCUCUCAGAAGCUACAGGCCCAGCGGGCCGCGAAUCAUCUCAGCGGCGUUAGCAGUUUCCAGCAUCGGCCCAGCAUGGACGACGUACCGGACGAGGAUUUGUCUCAAAUAGCACCGCAGGGGGCUACUGUUUCGAGACCUCUUGUGGUCCGCCACAUAAACGACGACGGCGAUAUGCAAUCGCCUCCUUCUAGGGGUACUGAAGGAACAGAACCUUAUGAUCGUAUCACCGCCACUACCAGUCCGACCCGCGGCCACCAUCCGACGGGAAGUCUUAGUGAAAGUGUGCGCCCCUUGCAACGUAAGGCCGAGGAGAAGGGGCUCAGCCUGGAUAUGAACAAGUCCAAAAACUACAUUGGAGUUGGGAAUAUGCCAAGCCCCAUGCCGUCGACACGCUCUUUCAGGUCAAGUCUUUUCUUACCGAGCAAAGGAGAAUCCACGGGCUCGGCCGCUAAUCGUAACACACAUGGCGCGGAGAAGCUGUCUUCUGGCGCGUCGACUCCUCGGUUCACAACCUCAGCCCCAACUACUCCCGCACCCAAAACCAAAGCAGUCAAGGAGAAGGUGGUAGGCCAUGGACAUAACCACGAGUAUUUCGAAGGGAAUACUGUAUUUUGUAUUGGAGGCCGUUUGCAAAAUACCCGUCACAGGCCUAUCAAUAUUGCGACUGGUUUCCUUGUCAUAUUACCUGGCAUCCUCUUCUUCGCAUUCUCUGCGUCUUAUCUUUGGCAUCACGUAUCGCCUGCCAUCCCCAUCUUCUUUGCAUACGUGUUUUACAUCUGUGUAUCCUCCUUCCUUCAUGCGUCGGGCUCAGAUCCAGGAAUUCUGCCACGAAAUCUCCAUCAGUUCCCCCCAGCGGAUGAGCAAGAAGAUCCUCUGCGUCUGGCUCCUCCAACUAAUGAUUGGACCCUGAUUAAAUCGGCUGAGUCGAGUACGGCGGCAAUGGAAGUGCCAACGAAAUACUGCAAAACGUGCAAUAUUUGGCGCCCGCCUCGAGCUCAUCAUUGUCGAUUAUGCGAUAAUUGUGUUGAGACACAGGAUCAUCACUGCGUUUGGAUUAAUAAUUGCGUUGGCAGACGGAACUAUCGAUAUUUCUUUACUUUUCUAUCUUCAGCCACGUUCCUUUCGAUAUACCUGGUGGCUGUGUCGUUGGUUCAAGUUUCGGUAUUCUCGAGCCAGGAGGGUGUCUCGUUUGGCGAAGCUAUAAGCCAUUUUCGAGUUCCAUUCGCCAUGGUCAUUUACGGCCUUCUGGCCUUCAUGUAUCCGGCCGCCUUGAUGGGAUAUCACCUUUUCCUCAUGGCUAGGGGCGAAACAACAAGAGAGUUCCUCAACUCUCACAAGUUCUUGAAGAAGGAUCGGUACCGGGCGUUCACGCAAGGUAGCAUGUGGAAGAACUGGAUUGUAGUGCUGUGCCGACCACGACCGCCAACGUACUAUCGAUUCAAGUACCGCUUUGAAGAGGGGGACCAGCGAUUCGGAGUGCAUCGGAAUCAACAGAAAAACAAUUCUACUGGAGACGGACAGGAGAUGGAGAUGCAGGCUGUGGGAGCACCGACUACCGGCUUUCAAGGGCCAGCAGCUUUGCGUAACCUUACAGCCACUAUGCGAUAA